AUGGCGGUUAACGAAUUUAUGCACCCUAGAAAUCGGUAUCGACAUAAGCCCAACUUUCAGGAGCUUGUGAAACUUUUUCCAGAAUUAAAAGAAGUGGCUAACGUGGAUUUGACUGGCAAAGUGAAGCUGGAUUAUAGAAAUCGCCAAGCCGUGCAACUUUUGUCGAAAUGUUUGCUACUACGAGAUUUUCAUUUAAAGAUAGAACUCCCGCCUGAAAAGUUGGUACCGACAUUACCUCUGCGGUUAAACUACAUCCAUUGGCUAGAGGAUAUUGGUUCGAUCGCUCACUGGGCAAAAAAAGAGACCAUUCACGGGAUUGAUAUAGGUUGUGGGGCUUCCUGCAUCUAUCCACUUCUGGCUGUGGUACAGUCGAAUAAGCACUGGCACAUGGUUGCCAUUGAAAAAGCGGAAGACAGUCUACAGAUCGCAAAGGACAAUGUGAUUCGCAAUGAGUUGCAAGCUUGUAUUGACGUUCGACCACAAGCGCCAGAAGGAAAAACGAUUCUUUUGGACGUCUUAGAAGAGUAUCCAAAUCAAAAGUUUGAUUUUUGCAUGUGUAAUCCACCAUUUUUCGAUAGUGCCUCCGUAUGUCGGGAUCCGAUGAAUCGUACCGGCAAACGACGCGAACCAUCUAACGCCAGUACCGGAUCCUUCGAAGAACUAUGCACAGAGGGAGGCGAGGUGCAGUUUAUCAAUCAAAUCAUGCAAGAGAGUCUUUUUUUGAAGGAUCGCAUUGCAGUUUAUACCACAAUGAUCGGGCAUAAAAGUAGUUAUGAAGAAAUUUUGCGAAUUCUCAAAAAUGCUGGCAUAUUCAACAUUACAGCGAACAGGUUUUGUCAAGGUAAUACAACCCGGUGGGCAGUAGCGUGGAGCUUCGAUACGACAAUCUUGCUAUCCCUUGUACCCAACAGCCAAACGGUGAAGUCUGGCAAUGGUUCACCUGGAAGGAAAAAGAUAGUUGGAAAGCCUGCAUCUUGCAAAAUUUUAGCCACUGACGAAAUGCACUCAAUUCAAACUGUCUGGCAACUCUUGGCAAAAAUGUUGCAAUCCAUAUCCAUUGUUGUACGCGUCGUAGAUGGCUGUGCUAAAACCGACGAAAUAAUCUGCGAGAUAACUGCACAACAGAAUACGUUGUCGCACCAGCGCAGAAAACGACGGGCCGAACAAAUGAAAUGUACUGCACAAGAAGAUGCCAAAAAAGAUGAGUAUUCAGAAAUGGGCAGAAAAGAGAAAAGACCGAAACUUGAAGAUGAUAUGGAUAAAAUUGGUAGGAAGGACACGGGUGUGAAAGUAUGCGACCCAUAUUUAAAAGGUGCGUUAAGCAUCAAACGGGAAAAUGAUGGUUAUUAUCUGGCCCUCCAGUAUGUCGGCGGAAUUGGUGGCAAGGAUGCAAUCCAUCAGGUUCUACAAUAUGUUAAAAAUAAUAUCAAAAGCAAAGAAGGAAUUUAA